GACAAUGGUUUAUUUCUAUGUAGUCAGGUUUAUUUGGGAGAAAGAAUGAAACAACUGAGUAGACCAAGUCUUCAGACAGUACAUUUGAUGGGUAAAGAAAUGAAAUAAUAAAAGAUAAGAGAUAUUUAAGAAUAUAUCAUGGGAACAGAGGAAAAUAAAAAAAGGAAAUAUGACGCUAUAUUCCUCUGGGAGGUGUAUGUGGAAUGGUGUUUUCUACAGGCUUGGUAAGUCUUGCAGUGAUGGUCCUUUGGCGCCCUCUAGUGGUACACAAAGGAUGGUGAUUCCAAUUUGAAUUAGGAGAGCCAUUGACUUGUGAAAUACAAAGGAUGAAGAGUGAUAAAGAGUGGCCAUUAUGGGGCAAUGGUCGGCCCUAAACUUAGACCAGUUUAGAAUCCCUGUUCUGUAGAAUAAGUUUGUGAGUAAAGAUAUUUAAAACUGUCUACAGCAGUAUUAACUACAGUAUGUCAGAAAGGUACUACAUGACAGUAAUAUGUUCAUGUUUACACAUUCUCAACAUUUGUUUGUUUUUUUCUUUGUUUGUUUGUUUUUUCUUGUGGUUUCGCAAGAUAAAAAUAGUCAAAUUAACUCAGUUCAGUUACUUAAGCCAGAGCAACAGCAACAUCCAGAAACACCAUAGAGCUGAUGUGGGAGUUGACUGUUAAUUGUUGCUGAGACAGACAGAUUUGUAAUCAUUGCACCAUUUAUUAUAUUUAUAUAAUAAAUUGUAUUUCCAGUGUCUCCAUCAGUAAACCGACUCAUCAUUCUAAUGGGUGGAGAAUGACCUGACAAAAAUGGGGAAAUAUAUUUAAAAAUAAAUAUAAAAUAUACAUAUGUAUAUAAUUCAGUCUGAUGAUCCACAUAGAGAAGAGAGAACAUGUUUAUUUGAUGAUUAAUUCAUUUUAAUCCAAUCCCACAUGGUGUAACUUCACCUGGUGUAACUUCACCUGGUGUAACUAACCGUUUCCUAAUAACUGCAGUUUCCCAACACUGGUCAUGUAAAUCCAUGAUUCAUUCUUCUUCUGUGCCUGUACUGUAUAUAAGAGCAGUCUUCAGUCUGACAGCAACAUUCUCCACCAUCUACAACAUCUUCUACCAGACUUGGAGAGACAAGGUGAACUUUCAGUGAUAUUAUUAUUUUAUUAAAUCAAACCUGUUUCAUUCAUUAUCUUGUGUUUUUUUUCCAACAGGUCACUGAUCACUGAAACCAUGAAGGCAGUACUUGUGCUUGGAUUCUUCCUCUGCAUCACUUUGGCCAAUCAUCUGGGCAUGGCUCACAAACGAUUUGCCCGCUCUGAAUCAGGGUCCGACUCUGAUGAGACAACUACAACAGCUGCCACCACUGCCACCACCGCUGCCACCACUGCCACCACCACCCUGUCACUGAACCAGAUUCUGCUGCUCUUCCAGAACUUCUUUGCAGCUCUGGCUACUACCCCAGCAACAACCACAGCUGCUACAUAAAUAAAACAAGAAAAGAAAUGAGAAUCUCAAUGUUGAUGAAAUAAAGUUCUCAAAUUGA